CCCACUUCAUCCUAUCGACCAAGGUCCAACUAACACAAUCCACCAUGGACGGGGAACUAGACGACGACCUUCUUCGCCAACUUGCUUCUGGCAAUUCCAUAGAUGAUACCUGUUGGCCAGCUUUGCUCGACGGUAUUCUUGCCACACUUGACAAAAUAGCCCACAAUGACUUCCCAAUACCCAACCUACCGCCCCCUCGUCAGCCUGUGAACCCACUGGCACCAACCGAACAACAAUCCACCUCUCCCAUACUCUCUUCUUCCAUCGAACCAGUCGCCAGCCAACCUUCAUCCUCAUCACAAGACGCCGACAAGGAGAACAACCAGCCCCCUACCUCCGCCCCGAAACCCGACUCCGAUGCUCCCCCGUCCGAUGCCACCGCCACCGCCACCGCCACCACCACCACCCCUCCAGCUACCGCUUCGGCCCCGACAUCCUCUGCCGCCCCCGGUACCCUCCCGCCCCAGAUCCAGGAUAUGCUCACCGAGAUCAACCAAGUGCUACGGGACAACUUUUCCAAGCAUCCGCCUCACACCAUCCAGCGUCUGGCCGAGCUGAUCCUCGAACCGCGCCGCCACUACCGCCACCUCGCGCCCUACCUGCAUGCCGUAGACCGCGUCGUCCACGUCACCUCCGGAAGCAACGUCUACCCCCUCCCGACCGCCCUCCCCGACAUGUCCUCCAUGAGCCUCCUCUCCAACGGCGUCACCAACCCCGCUGCCGCCAUCUCCUGGGGAAAUCCCACCACCAUCAACACCACCGCCGCCGCCGCUGCCGCCGCCGUAGGCUCCGACGAGGCCCUCGGUGGCGCCCUGCUGACCCCGAUCCCCUGGCUCACCCGCCGCCCCAGCCCGCACGCCGACUCGGCCUCUUCCAGUCCCGCGCCUACCCAAUCGGCAGGCGACCUCCCUCAGCCUCACCACCAACCUCAACACGCAAUUCGCACCGAGUCGACCGAGACCAUCGAAGGUCCGAACGGCAUGGGCUCCAUUGAGACUGUCAGCGUUAGCAUCAACGGCAACCCUUCUUCUAUGGCCGCCGCUGCCGCUGCCGGUGCUAGUGCUGGUGCUGGUGUUGUUGGUGUUGGUGCUGGCGCUGGCGCUGGCGCUGGCGCUGACAACACGGGUCUGCGCCCCAUCACCCAGGGCGAGUUACUGCGACAGGAGCAGCAGCGCGGUGUGGUUCCUGUCAACCAACUGGCGCGCCAAGCGGAAGAAGUCGCCUCUCACCACGCCCAAGCCGCCGCUGCCGCUAUCGCCGCUGCGAGACGCGGCGCUUCUGCGGGCGAUGCGCACGGUGACGCCGCCGCCGCCGCCGCCACGGAUCCCGCUUCUUCGUCGUCCGUGGGAGACCAGACGCGCCGGCCUGGUGACCGAGAGGACGACGACGACGACAAGGGGAACAAGGGCGAGCAUGAAGCUGACGUGCCGCACGCCCGCGGGCCGGGGGAGAUCGGCGUGAAUGACCUCGGCCCGCAGAGUGCAAGCACCAUGCGAUACGUCGAAGGUGUCGGAGGUCACGCCGUGGAGAUGCAGGGCAUUGACGUCGAGGCGGCUGUCGGUCGCAAGGCGGACCCGGCGCGGACACCUGCAUCUGCGUCUGCCGGAACGGCGGAGCAGGCCGAUGAGGCCGAUGACGCGGCUGGCGUGGGACGACAGGCGCAAGAGUCGUCUACUGGUCGUGCCGAGGACGAUGCCGUUUCCGAUGCCGAAAGCGAGACGUCGCAGAAGCGUGAGGCGGGUGAGGAGCUGCAGGGUAGCCCUGUCACGAAGAAGGUUAAAGAAGAGGGCGAGGGCGCUGCGGAUGCUCACGGGGACGGGGACGGGGACGGGGAUGAAACGAUGAAGGAGACGACGGAAGGGGAGACCAAGGCAGAAGCGGAAGCGGAAGCGGAAGCCGAAGACGGCGCAUCAGGCGAGACGGUUGUGGGGAGAUAGGCGAACCUUCUCCCGGUAUGGAUGCUGCCGCGACUCUUCAAGGAGGACCGUGAUGAUGGACGGGAAUGAGAUGAGCCUCGAGCAUGGGGGAUGGGCCUUGGAACGAAAACUAUUCUCUGCGUAUGAGCUUCUAACGACUGGGACCAUACCCACGAAAGGGUGGAGGACGGUGUUAAUAGGGUAGAAUUACGGAUCAUGCAGGCUUCGGAUAACAUCGUAGGGUGUCUGCCGCACGUCUUCAGUGCGGGUUCAAACAUGCCAGUGCCAGACAUGAAAUUAGCAGAGCCCUAUAAACUCCUGUCUAACCCCCCGAUUCCCAUUAUGCCUGUCGCAAAAUUCCAGUUUAUGAUGAAGAAAAAAAACGAAAGAAAAAAUAACGCCCC